GAAAAACACAAAUAAUUGUGUGAGACGAUGAAACUCAAAAGUAAAAAGUUUAGACGUAAAGGAAAAUUUAUAGAGGAGCAGUACACCCAGUAACGAUGGGAGUGCUCGCUGAUAGUUAAACUCAUUCCACGACAGAAUUUCCUCGAGAGACCUGACACAAUGGCGGAAAACGUAAAAGUAGCGGUUCGAGUGAGGCCUUUCAAUGACCGUGAGAAACAGAGAAAGGCCACACUCAUCAUUAACAUGCAGGGGAACAGCACCUACAUAAAAAACCCAGAGGACUUGAAGGCAGAACCUCGGUCCUUUGCCUUUGAUUAUUCCUACUGGUCACAUGAUGAGUUUAAGGAAGAUUCUAAUGGGUACCUUCAACCUACAGGGAGCAAAUAUGCUGAUCAGAGGAAAGUGUUUGAUGACCUUGGUCAAGGUGUCCUUGACAAUGCAUGGAAGGGCUACAACUGCUCGUUGUUUGCGUAUGGACAGACUGGCAGUGGGAAGUCUUACUCCAUGGUCGGAUAUGGAAACAACAAGGGAAUUGUGCCGAUUUUCUGUGAGGAGCUCUUCAAGGGAGUGGACGCAAAGAAGCAGACUGCAGGCAAAGAUGAAGAGUACCAGGUGACACUCAGUAUGUUGGAGAUCUACAAUGAACAAGUGAGAGAUCUUCUGAAUCCAAAGUCUAUUGCACAGAAGGGAGGACUGAAAGUGCGACAGCACCCCUCCAAAGGAUUCUACGUGGAGUCUUUGGUGUCCACUCCUGUUAGCAGCUAUUCCGACAUUGAGGGCAGAAUCAAUGAAGGAACCAGAAAUAGGACCGUGGCUGCCACAAACAUGAAUGCCACCAGCAGUCGAGCCCACACCAUUGUGGCUAUUACUUUUGUCCAGAAGACUCCCAAUGAAACAGGACAGAGCAUGACAAGAUCAUCCAGUGUAAAUCUAGUGGACUUGGCUGGAAGUGAGCGAGCAGAAUCCACUGGAGCCACAGGGGAUCGUCUCAAAGAAGGAUCGGCCAUCAACCAAUCACUAAGCUCCCUGGGAAAUGUUAUCAGCGCUUUAGCUGACCAAUCACAAGGCAAAAAGAAAGUUGUAGUACCAUAUCGGGAUUCUGUCCUAACCAAACUACUACAGAAUGCUCUUGGUGGCAACAGUAAAACUAUCAUGAUUGCUGCGCUCAGUCCAGCUGACAUCAAUUACGAUGAGACGCUUUCUACACUGAGAUUUGCUGACCGAGCCAAGGCCAUAAAAACAACAGCCACUGUGAAUGAGAGCCCUACAGACAAACUGAUCCGUGAACUUAGAGAGGAGAAUGCCAAGCUGAUGGAAAUGUUGAAAUCAGGGGGCAUCACUCUGGACCAGCUGUCAGCUGCUGGCGGUAAUGCCAAUCAGGAAAUUGAAGAGAUGAAACGAGCCAUGGAAGAAGAACUCAGAAAAAAUCAGGAGGAAAUGGAGAACAUGAAGAAGACAUGGCAAGAGAGACUGUCUGAGCAAGAACAAGUCAAUAAGGGCACCAUGGAUGCAGAACGCAAAAAGCAGGAGGACAGAAAGGUCAUACCCCAUUUCUGGAACCUGCACGAGGACCCUGCCCUAACAGCCAUGAUCAUUCAUUUUGCCAAAGAAGGAACAUCCAACAUUGGAAACAAAAAUGCUAGUCCAGCUGCUCAGAUCACCAUUAGUGGCCUGAGUAUUCAGAAACAACACGGUGUUGUAACCAACAAAGGGGGAAUAGUGAAAAUCAAAUCUAAAGAUGGCAAAAUUCUAGUGAAUGGAGCAAAAAUCACCAAGGAAACGGAAAUUCAUCACAAUGACAGAGUGCUGUUUGGUCCGAAUCACCUAUACGUUUUCCAUCAUCCUCAAGAUGAGGCCAAGAAUGCCAAGGAGGGAAAAGUGACGGAAACACCCACCUAUGGCACAGCUCAGGAGGAAAUUGCCAAAAAGGCAGGCUUCAUGGACAAAGCUGGAAAAUCAGAGGAGGACCUAAUCCUGCAGGAGGAUGUCAUUCAGAUGCUGCCAAUGGUGAACGAGGCAGAUGCAAUGUCAGCAGAACUGGACAAGAAAGUCAAGUUUGAGCUGGCAUUGGUGUCUCCACAAGCCAGGGGCCUCAGGGAGGGAAAAACAGAGGUGAUGGUGAAAUUGAGAAACUUAGAAAAUGGCAAUGAGUGGUUGUGGGACCGAAACAAAUUCAUCAACAGGAAGUUUCUGAUGCAGGAGAUGUACCAGAACUACGUAGAGGGAGCAGAUGACUGGGACGUAUCCAGGGAGAAGGACCCAUUCUGGGAGGACGCAGAUAUUGAAGUGUUGAUUGGAACAGUUCAUGUACACCUGAUGUCACUGAGUCACAAACUGGACAUCGAGGAGACACUGACAGUUACCAAUUACCAGGGAAAAGAAAAUGGACAUAUUGAGAUAAUGGUGGAGCCCUGCACAGCUAAAGGAGGUGCACUUGGGGAGGACGACUUCUUGGAUGAUCCUAAAGAUCUGAUUGGAAAGGAAUUAAACUUCAAAUUCAAAAUCAAUUUUGGGCGUGGUCUUCCAGCUAACAUCAGACAGAGUUGCUGUAAGUGGAAGUUCUACCUGGAUAACCAGUACACUAGCACAGCCUUCGUGGACGGCAUGAAUCCAGAGUACAAGUUUGAAAAAUUCUUCAAGUACCCCAAAUGUACCUCUGAGUUUGUGGAUUAUCUGAUGGAUUCAGUGGCAGUGGUAGAGGUAUGGGGCAAACAAAAGGACUCAGGCAUGAAGAGUGGAACCAACAUGGGGCUGGCCACAAAGGAUUUAAUGGCACGAGAGAAGUCAAACUUGUUUGGCUUAAGUAAUUACGAGGAGGAACAAUCCAAAUUAAAAAGACGAGGUGAAAACAAGCCAGUCCCUGUGAAGAAGAAGACUGACAAACCAGCAGAGGCCACAGACAACGGUAUCGUGAUUCCAGUCCCUCCCCCACCUGCCGACAAAAAACAGAAUGACCAACAAAUGAAUGCUUACAAAAAGCAAGCUGAUGAUGCUGACAAACGGGCCAAGGCAGCUGAACAGAGGGCGACCAGCUCAGAGAACACAGUUUCAAACAUCAGAGGCCUUCUGAGUCAAAAGAAAAAGGGAGGAAAUGACAUGAUUUCAAUUGCUGAACUUGAGGCUAUGCUGGGAGGCGGUAACUCCAACUCAGUGAGAAAGGAGCAAAUGGGUGACCAGGCUUCAAAGGCUUGUUCUAUUCAGUAAAACUUGUCACUGCUGGUGAACUGUCAAAUAAAAGUCCAUAACUCUUAAGGUUAUACAAUUUAUACUCUCAUAAUUUUAUCAACUAUCAAAUCGGACAUUCCAAGACCACUGGCUUUGAUAAUAUGCAAACUCUAUGUGUGUGUCCUGUAAACUCGCACCAUUUCUGAAUUCAAAGACAUACCUCCAGGAAGUGGAUCAGACUCUGCUUUGUACUACAAUGAGAUAUUUCUUCAGUGAAUCUGAUAUUUAAGUAAGGAUAGCUUGUUUGUAUACAGAUAGUACUGUCCAUUUUCAGAUAGGUCCCAGGGUCUAGAUAACUUAGAUAAGCUCAGAUUUGAUCUCUAAGUCACAUUUUUAUAGAAGGAACAUAUUACAGUGUAAAAGUGAAACUUGGAUCAAACGUGAGCUCAUCUCAGUUGUACGGCCCCAGAGCCUUGUGUAUCUCCAAUCUCAUCUCAGAUGUACGGCCCCAGAGCCUUGUGUAUCUCCAAUCAUGCAGUUUUGUGAUGCACUUGAUAUUUUGCAACAAAAUGAAAUGAAAUUUAUGAGUGAUGAUGAUUAAUCAAAGUCUGAAUGACUUUUGCUUCCCCUCCCAAUUCUUGCCUUGUGGCUUAAUACAUCUGUAUAGAUAGUGAUUUCAUGUAUCAAGUUUAAUUAUUAGCAAGAUGCAGUAGUUUUAUAACAACUAACCAGUUUCUAGGUAGCCAGCACAUUUCUUUUUAUCGGGACAUAUAUUUAUUAAUAUACAAUAACAUGUACGUGAAUAUAUGAAUGGAUCUUCUCAUAAUGAAAAUAAAAAAUUGAUGUUUUUGUAAUAUGAAAUAUGUUAAAUUUUCUGCUUCAUCUAAAACUUUUUUACCUGAUUUUCUGCAUAUGAUAAAGGUUUGUCUAUUGACAGGGAUGUGGCACUUUUUUGUAUACUAAAUUAUGUAUUAUACAUUUAUGUAUACAGUUAAGUCAAUAUUUUGUACGUUAGAUAUACUAUUGAUAUGUAUUCUUAUUUGUAUAAACUCUAAUUAGCCCUCUGUAAAAAUAUACGCAUUUUUUCUAUAAAUGAAAUAAAGGCAUCCGUCCACAGAUGUGAACAAAGUUUUGUGAUACUCGUAAUCAUUAUUUUGCAGAAACAAGAAUUUCUCUGUGCAAUAUGAAACUUGUCUUUCUGUAGUCCUCUUGAUCAUGGUUUACAUUAAUGCUUUAAAUUUUUUUUAUUUUAUGUAAUCAACAUGUAUACAUAUUUAUUAUGCACUUCUCAAAGAAUCCUUGAAAGGUUGUACUAUAAUUGAUUAUUUUUCUUUUAGUAUACUUUUUUGUUUGGUGAUUGUGAUUUUUUUGUCCCUUUAUAGUCUGACAUUGAUAUCUGAUAUUUGUGAUUGUCAUUGAUUUCUAAUAUUUGUGGUAGUCCUUCCACUGAGAAAUGAAUUUUUCACUUGUUGACAGUUUAUCUUCAAUUAAUAUUCUGAGAUUAAAAAUCAAAAUGAAACAAUUGCUCACUUUCUCCAUUACAUUUUUGAAUUGAUCUUGAAUAUACCAGAAAUAAAAAAAACUUAUAUUA